UCAAUUCCAUGUGGAGCAACUACAUAAGAUCUUUGGGUCACCCUCUGAAGAAUACCGGAAGAGAUCCAAAUUGCCACAUGCAACCAUUUUUAAACCAACACAACCAUUAACCAUACAAGUGUUGCUUUGCGGAGACCUUCAAAGAUUUUCCAUGCUCAGCUAUGGCCCUGUUGAAGGUCCUUGCAGUAGAACCUGACCGUCGUGGAACAGCUUCUUCUGCACUUCAGAGUGAGUUCUUCACAUCCGUGCCUCUUCCCAGUGAUCUUUCCACUUUGCCCAAGUACCCACCGAGCAAGGAGUUUGAUGCCAAGCUUCGAGAUGAGGAAGCUAGAAGGCAAAGAGCACCUGUGGUAAAGGACAUGGAGGGAAUUCCAAAGAAUCAAAGGCUGUGCCAGCACCAGUUGGUACUGCUGGGCAGGAAUCAAGAGAGAAGCAAAAAGUGCAUAACCCAAAAAGCAUCAGCGAGAAGUACAUUCCUGAAAAGGAUAGUGGCUCUGGCUUUCCUCUUGAUCCUCCGAAAGGAGGAGCAUCAAAUGGCUUCUCCCAUUCUGGCCAGUCAAUUCAACCAAGUGCAUAUGGAUCUACACGGAAUAUUGAGAUGCGAUCUGCACAGUCUAAGAAUGGUGCAGUGGCAGGAGAAGCAAUCAGUGGGUGGGUGCCUUGUGAGGCCGAUUCAUUUGUGAAACUGGACAAGUCACAAACUUUUUCUUGGUCUUCGAUUUUGAGUGGUGGGUUCUUCAUUUAGGUGACAGUGAGCAUCUUGAUCAGGUUGAUAAGGAAAAGCCUGAUGAGAACGCAGAUUCUUUUCUUGUUGGGUCUGUAAUGAAGAAGGUUUUCAGCGUAUGAGUUUGCGAUUGCGUAAUUUGCAAAGAGCUUGGCAGUGAUAUCUGGGGAGACCGGAUGUGGUAAGACCACUCAGCUUCCUCAAUAUAUACUAGAGUCAGAGAUAGAAUCUGGCCGUGGAGCAUUCUGUAACAUUAUCUGUACACAAUCUCGAAGAAUAUCUGCCAUGGCUGUUGCUGGAACAGUGUCUGCAG